UGUGGCAAAGAGGCAGUGAUCAGUUUAUGUAGGGUGUAACAAUCAGGAAUUAACAACUAGAACUGUAAUUGAAUUCAAACAAUGAAAACGUCACCAUCUAGUUAGCAACCGAGCCUCAGUGAAGAAAAUACAAGAACAGACAGCAUAAGGAAAACACAAAGGAAGAAUAGUUUAAGUAGGACUUCUUCAUUUAUGUUUGGAGGACAGCACAGAGAAGCUGACAAAGAAACUCAAUGACAAAAAUAACCUGUUACAAAUAUGAAGAUGCUAAAGCCCUCAGAGGAUAAAUGUGUUUUGUGAAUUUGGGCUAUACAAAUAAAAUUUGAUUUGAUGCUUUAUUAAAAUACGUAACAUUAAACAACACUUCUGCUCUCAGUUUAAUGAACCUUACAGACUUGACUUCCAGCUACAUCCCUGUAUGUGUCUCUGAAUGUGAUCAUGUUCAAAGAAUCCAGUUUAGUCAUUUAAACCGGAUCAAUCACAUCUAUUCUGUAACCUCAAUUCUAAAUGUGGCCAUUUAUUCCAAACUACAGUUACUUUCCUCGCCGUCAGCCGAACUGCAGGCCCUGAAGGUGAACCCUGACCUAGACUCCUGUCCCUUUCAACGAAAACCUGCCGUGUCCGGAGCAAUGGGAGGAUACGACGAGCCAGAUCAACAUGUGAAAGAAGAAGAGAAGGAAGAAUAUGGAGAUGUCGUGCUGCCUGCAUCACCGCCACCUUCCGCACCACCAGUAUUCAAGUCAUCAACACACACCAUGCAGACCAGACAACAAGCCUCUAAGACUGACAUCUUUAAUGAACAUAGUGGGCUGGAGCAGCCAGGGCAAAUCGGUGUGCAGCCUGAUGCAUGGGAGAGCCACCUCUGCAAUUCCAUCCUCGCAGGCAUGCUCCCUGAGUUACAUGAUAUUGUUAUCCGCACAUAUGUGGGGCGCAAAGAAGAAUGUCGACUGAAUGAUCUUAAGCAACAUGCACGCCAUGCACAACUGACUCAGCAACAGAAGAAGAAAGCCAAGGAGGAAAAGACUGAGAAGGAACUGCACAUGGCAGCCCUCACUAUGUAUUCUACAUUGGCAACCAUACAGGGGCACGGACAUGGGGGAAGAGGAGGCGGUAGAGGAGGUGGACGAGGAGGUCAGCACGGACAAGGCUCUCAAGAUCCCAAUGCCUGUUAUCAGUGUGGCAAAAUUGGACACUCGGUUAGAGAAUGUCCCAUGAAUGCUCUGGAUGAACAGGCACAAGCAUACGGCACAGGGGAAGGGCGAGGGACAUCACUCGAAGGCUCUGCAGAACAGGGAAGUGAAACACACACACAGCCACAUGCACGUUUACAUAAUGAUGACAGCCAGGAGCACACACACCAGCAUAUUUGUGCUCAUGUACAUAAUGCUAUAAGAUAUCUCGAACAGAAAAACACCACAGGUUGAAACUUGUGUACAAUAUGCAGGUGAUUCUAAAACUGUUUUUCCUUUAUAUGUGUUGACAAUAGAAGGGAUUGAAGUGAUGUUUUUGGUAGAUUCAGGAGCUACAAAUUCUGUGAUUAUGGCUUCCACAUUUUCACACACACCAAAAAUGACUGGUAACCAUGUGUAUUCUGUUGGAGCAUCUGGCCAAUCGAUUAAAGAAAGAGUGACCACUCAUCUGCGUUAUAUUACACCAGAGGGGGAGAAAAUAAAGCAUGCAUUCUUAUUCUCACAUCUCUACCCUGUUAAUCUGCUCGGCAGAGAUCUCAUGUGUAAAUUGGGGAUAUGUUUGAUAUCGACUCCGGACGGGUUAAAGGUGAGUUCUCUCACCUCCCUGACAGGACCCGAUGAAUCAUUGAUAGCUGUUAUGCAUGAUCCCCGACAAUUGUUGUAUGCAUAUCAGUGGAAGUUAGAGACUUCUGCAUCCACUGAUCAGCUGAUACAAAAAAUAAGAACGCUUGUGUCUCCUACAGAUACAGAUUUUCUAACAGUCAAUGAGUUACAUUGUACAUCCCAUGUGAAUCUUGGCCUGGACUCUGACUAUGAACACACAUGGCUCCAAGUGACACAAGAACGACUGACCACAGUCUCCCUUCUCUGGGAUGACCACCGCGCAGCGCUUUCUGUUUGUUUGACUGAGAAUCAGAAAAGACUUUUUGAUGCAAACAAUUCUUUUCCUCACGUGUCUUUUUCCAAACACGUGAAGGAUAGGUGGGAAGAUUUGGGGUUGUUUGUAGAAAGAUGUGUACAUAUUCAAGAUCACUUACUCUCCCCAGCUGCAGGUAUAUAAACAGUUAUUACAGUCUUCUUUCCACGGCACACGCACUGUGCAGUUGCUGCCGCUGAAUGACUCACUCUCACACAAGAAAUAUGUCUUACUAUCAGCAGAGAAUGUUAAGCAUGUACCUGCUCUGAAGGAAGUGCCUGAUAUUCUGUGGGCAAAGCAUAAAUAUGAUGUAGGACUUAUUCGGGGUUGUGAGCCACUAAUGAUAACUGCAAAGUCUGACUUUCGCCCAUGCAAACAACAAUAUCCUUUAAAACAAGAGGCUAUUGAUGGCAUUACUCCAGUGUUCAAUCACCUUUUGCAAGCAGACGUAAUUGUUCCAUGUCCUGAUUCUCCGGUUCGCACACAUUUAUUCCCUGUCAAAAAGAUUAGGGAUGAAGGCCAACCAGUUGAAUGGCGAUUUGUACAAGAUCUACAAGCUGUGAAUGCUGCAGUACAGCCACGUGCUCCUAAUGUUCCAAAUCCCUACACUAUUUUAUCACAAGUGCCUGCAGAUGCUAAGUUUUUCUCAGUGGUUGAUCUCUCAAAUGCCUCUUUUUUCUAUUUUGUUUUCUGUUGAUGAGGAUACAAUGUUAUGCAGAGGUGUACUUUUUAAUUUUAUAGACAAAUUAUAUUAUUUAUAGAC